GCCCUUCAGUCAUCAUCAUGUCGGAUCAGCAAGAUGGUAGAGUCCUUGCAACAGAUUUUCCCAGCUGUCCCAAAGUGUCAAUUAAAAAGCGAAGUGUGUGAGAUAUCAGAGUUUGUGGAUAAUUGCUGGCAGGUUAAGAAAGAGAUUUUGGAUAAGCUUGGCACAUCAAUUUCCCCAGAGAAGAGUAGCGGAAAGCCAAAAGGGAUUGCUAGAUUUUUCUCAAAAAGAUGUCUGCCUCCUGAUAGUGAAACCAUCAAUGCGAAUGAAUCCUCUCCUCAAUCAUGCCGUAAAGCAGAGACUAAUCAUAGUCUGCAACAGAGUACAAGAAACCUUUUAUAG